AUGAAGCGGGACGAGCCAACGCCGGACGAGGAGACGCUGCCAUGGGUCCGGGUGCAGAUGGAGGGCCUCGUGGGCUCGACCUUUGACGCCUCCAUCGAGGACCGCGAUGGCCACGUAUGGUCCUUCCGCUGCGUGCCGGACGACGUCAGUGGCGACGUGGUCCUUGCGAUCGACCGCGUCGAUGCGACCAUGGGCACGCUCUUCGUGCAGGCGACGCUGCAGCAUCCGUCGCGAGACGCGUCCCGGCACGUCGUCAUGGACAGCUACUUGCGCGAGACGAGCGUCGAGGUCAAGCUCACGACCAUGCACACGCUCAUGGACCCGAGCAGCGGCUUCAUGCACCCCGACGGUGACAUUCGCAUCGAGAUUGUGGUCUGGAACAGCGCGCACGCGCCAACGUCCAAGCGCUUCAAGGCCACAGACAGCGACACGACGAGUAACAGCAGCACGGUCGGCGACGACUUUCUCAUUGACGAGACGUUUCUGACGUCGGAGAACCGGCUGGAUCCGUCCGUCAUCUUUGGCGACGAUGCAUCCAUCGACAUGGACGAAGAGAGCCAGGCGGAAGAGAAGCGCUUGGUCGACCUCGCGACCGGGUACGUCAUGCAGGCACAGCAGGACGACGACGACGAAGCAUCACGCCGCAAGCACGACGAUGACGUUGUCGACCUCACCUUGGCAUCCUCGUACGACUCCAAGACAACGACCGGCAUGGUCGGGCUCAAGAACCAAGGCGCGACGUGCUACAUGAACUCGCUCCUCCAGACGCUCUUCCACUUGGCGCCGUUCCGGAAGGCCGUGUACGACACGCCGACCGCCGACGACGACAGCGCGACGAGCGUCGUCUUGGCGCUCCAGCGCGUGUUUUACCGGCUCGAAACUGCCGACAAGGCCGUGAGUACAAAAGAACUCACCAAGUCGUUUGGGUGGUCCCACAUGGACGCGUUCACGCAGCACGACGGCACGCCGGCCGACGGCUUGAUCAAGGCGCUCUUCGAGGGCAAGGUCAAGAGCUUCAUCUCGUGCGUGCAUGUGCCGUGUGAGUCGUCCCGCGAAGAGUCGUUUUACGACCUCCAGCUCGACGUCAAGGGCCUCGUCAACCUCGACGCGAGCUUCCAAAAGUACAUUGAAGUCGAGAUGCUCGACGGCGAAAACCAAUACGACGCCAAAGACUUUGGCAAGCAAGACGCGAAAAAAGGGCUCGUCUUUGAGAGCCUCCCGCCCGUCCUCAACCUCCAGCUCAAGCGGUUCGAAUACGAUCCGCUGCGCGAUGGCAUGGUCAAAGUCCACGACCGAUUCGAGUUUCCAAAGCGAUUGGACCUGAGCGCAUACGUGCCGGCAACGACGCCGUCGCCCGUCUACCACCUCCACAGCAUCCUCGUGCACUCGGGCGACGUGCACCAUGGCCACUACUACGUCUACGUCCGCCCGCGUCUCGACAAGGACUGGUACAAGUUUGACGACGACGUCAUCUCCAGUGCGGACGAAGAGCGACUCUUGGAAGGCAGCUAUGGCCGGUCGGCCGACGCGUCGUCGACGUCGCCGCUGAGCCGCGUCUUGAGCUGCAGCAGCGCCUAUAUGCUGGUCUACCUGCGCGAGGAUGCGUGUCCGUCGGGUGCCGAGCCGGCCGUGAUCCCUGACGCGCUCAAGGAGCGGUUCCAAGACGAGGAAAUCGCGCUGCGCCGCCGCAAGCGCCUCGUGCAGCGGGAGCACAUGUACUACCAUUUGCGGAUCGCGACCGACGAGUGCCUCUACGCCUUUGACAACAUUACCAAGUCCAAGGACUUUUGCGAGUUUCCGAAAACGUCCAAGUCGCCGCCGACGUCCGCGACGAUGCUGAGCUUGAAAGUGCCCAAGGCGUGGACGGUGCGGCAGCUGUAUGGCCUCGUGCAUCUCGAGACCGGUGUCCCGAUCCAGCAUUUUCGGCUCUGGAAAAUGACGGCACGCGAGAACCGGACGCAUCGUCCGGACGAGCAUCUGGACGCGCAUUUGGACGCGACACUGCAGCGCGCGCUGCAUGACAAUGACGCAAGCGUCAACAAGAUUGUGGCCAUGUACCUCGAGGUGAUGCUGCCCCACACGGUGCUGCGCCGCUACUCGCUCUCGGACUUUUCGCCGAUCGAGUUUGACGGCAAGGACGCGAUCGUGGCCGUCGACGACGAUGGGAUUCCUGAUGACGACAUGCCGCCGGGCGUGCUCGCGGCGGUCAAUGCAGCGGCCGCGGCGCGCAACCCGAUUUUAGACCCGCGCGGGACGGUGCUGCUCUUUGUCAAGUACUACAACGCGGACGCCAGUGAGCAGCCCUGCUUGGCGUACAUGGGCACACUGCUCGCGCACGGCUCGGACACGGUCGCGACGGUGCUGCAGAAUAUCCGAGAAAACGUGUUUGACGCGCCGCUGCGAAUGCACCUGGCACUCUACGAAGUCAGUGAACUCCAGAGCGGCGACAUUGUCGUCUUCCAAGCGGCCGUCGAGAACGACGACGAGGACGAGGACGAGGACGAGGCUGCGGACGACGACGAGUCGUUGUGCCGCACGGUGCCCGCGUACUUUGCCUACCGUCUCAACCGCGUCGACGUGACCUUUCGCGCGCGCUUUGAGAACGACGCGCCGACGACCGAGGUCCAGCUCCCGCUCUUGCUCACCGACUCGUACGACGACGUGGUCCACUCGAUUGCGAUCGCGCUGGACAUGGACCCGCUCUUUGUGCGGCUGUAUCCGCACUCGUCCAGCACGCACGGGCCGCGCGCCAAGCCGUUCAAGCACAGCCGGAGCUCGGGUUCGUCCGGCAUGAAGCUCAAGGCGAUGUUGAUGACGUCGCUGGACAGCAGCGCGACGCUGCUCUACUACGAACGCCUCGACGAGUCCAUUGUCAACCUCGAGCGCAAGACGCAUCUGCCCGUGUACCUCUCGCCGUACGAGCCUGCGUUCGAGACGGACACGCUGAGCCGCGUCGACUUGAUUUUGGAGCCGACGUCGACGGUCCAAGGCGCGCUGGCGGAAAUCGCUCGUCGGCAGUCGGUCGACACGUCUUUGGUCGACUUGCGACUGCUCGAGACGCGGGACGGGUCGAAUAUGCUCCGCAUCGUGCCGGCCGCGACGCCGAUCUCGCUCUUGCAAGGAUCGAGUUUGUUUGUCGUGGAUUCGAUACCGGCGACCCGCAAGCCUUUUUGCCACUCGGUGCUGCUCGGCGUCAUGCACUUUAGCUACACGCACGACACGUUCAUUGCACCGCACCACACGGCCGGCCUCGUCGUGGCCUACGACGACGAUACCUUCGAGUCGCUUCGCCGCCGCGUCCAAGCCAAAUUCAAGGUCGCGGACGAUGUGUUCGCCAAGUGGAAGCUCUCGGCGAUUGUCGAGAGUCGGGGUGUGCCCCUCGAGUCGGAGCCCGGUGACAUGAACCGUGAGGUGGUCUUUGACGAGGGCCGGCUCGAGCUCUCGCGUGGCGAUGGCUACUGCUUCCUCGGGCUCGAGUACGCAGCCACGGCCGCACCGUCGCGUCGUCGCGCGGACGGCGGUAUCAAGAUCCGAUCCGGGUAG